UACUGUGUGAGCUGUGACUGGUCACAGCUUGUCACAUGGUACAAGGCUGUUGUGAAUAGCCCUUUAUCAUGUGACCUCUGUGAUCAUUCACAGAAUUCACACGUAGUAAGCAAUGAUGUAGGAAGUGACAUCUUGCUUACACCUAUUCAUGUGAUCACUGAUUGGACAAUCAGUGAUCACAUGAUCGGGACCUCACACAGAGGUCCCGUACAGCGAUCGGUGUUCCUCCGAACACUGCAGGAACUGGAUCGUGGUGCCGCGAGCUCCCAGGGAGCGCGCACAGGCAGUGAAUGCGGAGGCCGUUUAUAAACGGCCACCCGCUCCUGCACUGCUCCUGUCCAGCCGUUUAUGUACAUGGGCCGGAUGGGAAGGGGUUAA